UCUCUGCGCGAGGACACAACCGAGACGCUCAGUGCGCUACAACACGCUUCUGUGCGCAACACCGAUUCCACACCUGUCUGGCAGUUUGGACAAAACUUGGUAACUCCAGAGUAUGGUUUAAUGUUUUAUAAAAGCAAGAAGACAACAUAGCACAUAAACUUGGAGGACAGCGUGUUUAAAACGUAAGAGUAGGGGAGAGAUCCCUGCGGAAACCCGUAUCAACUCAUCGGAGAGCAAUAAGGCAAUGGAGCGCAAAAACGCACGCAAGUCAUUGACGGCUUUAUAACGGAAUACGCUCCUACCGGUUUAAUAAAACCUCUUAUCCAAGUUCAUCUGAUAAAGACAGGCUUUUUAUGACAAAGAAAGACUUUUUUUGCAUAUUUGAAAUAGAUCAUAUGCACAGUUUGCAAAUGCUGCGCGCAAUGGGCUCAGUUUCAAUAGUACUGAAUCUGGAAAUCUGUGCACUGUAAAGAGAAAAAGUGGUUAUUUUGUUUGUUUUCUCAGUCUGAACUAUUCGUAUUUGUGCCCUGAAGGACGAUCACUAGUUGAACACGGGUCGCUGCUUCCAAGACAGCACAUUUCGGCAUUUCAGAAAGAUGGAUUUCUUACUAUCUCACUGUGGAAUUGCAUUUAUCUUUUGCUUUGUUCUUCAAGUCAGCGCAGAGGACGGUGAGACAUGUGGAGGCCACCUGGACGCUAGCGAUGCCGGUUACAUUACUUCACCAGGUUAUCCUUUGGAAUACCCUCCCCAUCAGAGCUGCCAAUGGGUGAUCAGCGCACCCGAACCCUCGCAGCGUAUCGUGCUAAACUUCAACCCCCACUUUGAGUUGGAAAGACUGGAUUGCAGGUAUGACUUCAUAGAGAUCCGAGAUGGGAAUUCAGAGUCUGCUGACCUGCUGGGAAAGCACUGCAGUAACAUCGCUCCCCCUGCCAUCAUUUCCUCCGGUCCCGUCAUCCACAUCAAGUUCGUAUCUGAUUAUGCACACCAGGGUGCCGGCUUCUCCCUGCGCUACGAAAUCUACAAGACCGGUGCCGAGCACUGUUUCCGUAAUUUCAGCUCUUCAACCGGGGUUAUUGAAUCUCCUGGUUUCCCUGACAAGUACCCUCACAACUUGGAGUGCUCCUUUAUCAUCAUUGCUCCGCCUCAGACGGAGGUCACGCUCACCUUCCAGACCUUUGACCUGGAAAAUGACCCUCUGCUGAUGGGGGAGGGAGAAUGCAAGUACGAUUGGCUGGAUGUGUGGGAUGGCCUACCACAAGUGGGACCUCUGAUUGGACGAUACUGUGGGACGAAGAUUCCUCCAGAGAUUCAGUCUUCAAUGGGUCUUCUGUCACUUUCCUUCCACACUGAUAUGGCUGUGGCUAAAGAUGGUUUCUCUGCCCGCUACAACAUGACUCACAAGGAAGUUAGUGACACAUUUCACUGUAGCAAUGCGUUUGGAAUGGAGUCUAGUAAAAUUUCGGAUGAUCAAAUUUCGGCCUCCACCUCAUUUUAUGAUGGCCGCUGGCAGCCCCGUCAGGCACGUCUUAACAACGUGGACAAUGCCUGGACACCCAGUGAGGACAGCAACAAGGAGUACAUACAGGUGGAUCUACAGUUCCUUAAGGUUCUGACUGGUAUCGCUACCCAAGGAGCCAUCUCCAAGGAGACCCAGAAGUCCUACUACGUCACCACCUUCAAACUGGAAGUGAGCACUAAUGGAGAGGACUGGAUGAUCUACCGGCACGGCAAAAACCAUAAGAUUUUCCAUGCCAACACUGACCCAUCUGAGGUGGUUCUGAACCGGGUUCCUCAGCCUGUUCUGGCCCGCUUUGUUCGUAUUCGACCGCAGACAUGGAAUAAUGGAAUCGCACUACGAUUCGAGCUUUAUGGUUGCCAGAUUACAGAUGCCCCUUGUUCUGAACUCCAGGGAAUGCUUUCUGGGCUCCUCCCUGAUUCCCAGAUCUCAGCCUCAUCAGUGAGGGACCUCCACUGGGCCCCCGGAGCAGUGCGUCUGGUGGCCAGCAGAUCAGGGUGGUUCCCCGGCCCUGCUCAGCCUAUUGCUGGGGAAGAAUGGCUUCAGGUGGACCUUGGGAUUCCCAAGACGGUGAGAGGAGUAAUAACCCAAGGAGCACGAAGUGGAGAGGGAGGGACCAGCUCUGAGAACCGGGCUUUUGUCCGGAAGUACCGCCUGGCACACAGCCUGAAUGGGAAAGACUGGAACUUUGUGAUGGACAGCAAGACUAGUAUGCCUAAGCUUUUUGAGGGGAACACACACUAUGACACCCCAGAACUGAGACGCUUUGAGGAGGUUCCUGCCCAGUUUAUCCGGAUCUAUCCAGAACGAUGGUCUCCAGCUGGUAUUGGAAUGAGAAUGGAAGUCUUAGGCUGCAGCCUGCCAGAAACAUCCACACCAGCUAUAGAGACAACCAAACCAACUCAACCUUCCUCUGUGGAAGCCAGCACCACCCUGAAACCCAGCCCAGUUACCAGCGCUGUUGUGCCGCAUCACAGAGGCCUGUGUGAUUUUGAGCAAGGCUUGUGUGGUUGGACCCCUGACCUGGAGUCUGACCUCAGCUGGCUUCUACACAGCUCCAGCAAAACCAUCGCCUUGGGUCAGAGUCAAGACCUCUCCAUGGGCUCCAGCAAUUUGGGAAACUAUCUGUACAUUAAGGCCAGUCCUGAGACCCAGGGCCAGAAAGCUCGGCUGUUAAGUCCCAGUGUGGAUCCAGACAGUGGACCUCUCUGCCUGAUUUUUUUGUACCAGCUAGAGGAUCAGGGAACCCUGAGGAUUCUACUGCAGAACAAACACCAGGAGGAGACCCUCCUCUGGGCCCUUCAAGGAGACCAGCAGCCCAUCUGGAAAGAAGGACGUACCAUCAUACCUCGAUCUCCAAACGAAUUUCAGGUUGUAAUCGAAGGGUAUUUUGAGGGUGCCAAAGGCCACAUCUGGAUAGAUAACAUCCAUAUGAGUGUUAACACACCACUGGAGGAAUGUACUCAGCCUUUUGCGGCAUUUCCCCCGGACAUGACCGGGGGAGCCCUACCUGGCAAGAGUGAGCCAACAGUAGAUACGCUGUCAGUACCACCCACUUUGCCCAACUGGUAUUACAUAAUGGCUGGUGGAGGUGCCAUCUUGUUCCUGGUCAUUGUCAUUCUCAUGGCCAUUUGCUGUCGCCGUCUUACGGCCAGGAGGAACCAACCCACAAUGGCCUACUACAGUCCCCACAAUGCACAUUACCCAAACGGUGGCAUGCAUAGGGCUGGGGUGACGCCCAAGUUAACUGUAUGGGUUGAGAAAGGUGAUGGAAACUCCUACUGGUGAGAGGUCUGGACUUGUUAGAUAUUUGCCUGCCAUGUUGACUUCAUGAAAGAAGCCAAACAGACAAAACAGACUGAAGAGUUGGUUUUCUUGGAGAAAAAAUUCAAAUAAUUACUCCAAGAUGAUUGUGGUAUCUUCCGGUACCAUUGGAGGCUGUAUUUGGAUGCAUCCAAGCGAUACCUAAAUUUUCAGUUCCUCGUUUUCUUAUUCUUUUUUGUCGAUGUCUUUUUCUUUCCUGGAUACUGACUGUUGGGCUCAAGGAAGCCCUUGUCUUACUGGUGUGCUUGUUUACUACAAAAACAUUUAGCCAGCUCAUACUUAUUGGCUGUCUGGAGGGACCUUCUCUAAGAACAGUUUGGAAUCCAGCCUGAUGAUGUACGCCAAGCCAAGAGGAUGUUACAAAUGACCUUAAUCACCAAUCCAGGACUAACUUUGAGCCAAUUUUCUGUACUUACGUUAAAUCAGUGAGAUUGUAAAGUGUCAGAACAUUGGUGAACACUAGAGUUAAGAGCUGUCUGAUGCAAUCUUUGCACUUGUCCCCUACAUUGAUUGCGAAUAGCUCUUUACCUUAUUAUAGUAGAACAUGAUAACAGACCUUUGAUGAAAGAGUUAAUGCUUGAGACAUCAGGAAGCUUUCAGAAAAAUUACAGAAUAUGGAGGGAACUCCAAUAAUGAGAAUGUGCUUUGAGGAUGUCUUAGCACUUUUUUUAACACAACGCAAGCAUGAUAUCAUUAGUAAUAAGGGCAGAGAAGGUAUUGCAAAUACGCUAAAAAGGUCAAACCGAUUUGUGCAUGUAAACAACCUAAGUCUGAUAAAUGGAGUGUCCACAAAAGAUAUUAUGAACAAAGUAGUUCCACAAUGUCCUUGUCAUGAUGAACAUUGUUUUAAAGUCAACAUGAACUCAGAAUUGACCCUAUUUAUUUUCUUAAUACAUGUUCCUAGUCUAAUCAGUCUAAUAAUACCACUUUUCACAAUCUAAUAAAUUCUCAAUGGAUAAAAUCAAGGCCCCGCCCUACAUUUUCUUCACUGAAUAUUUCGUUUUACUCGGAAAUUCAUCACAUAAUGGAAGUAAAAUGGGUUUGCGAAUAUUUCAUGUUGACAAUAAACAGUGUUUUAAUUAUGGUUGCAUUUCAAUGAAGUGCUACACUCAAACGAAGGGAUGGCACCACAUUGAGAUAAGAGACUUAUGGGUAUGGGAAGGGUUAGAUAUGAAAGUCUUCAUCUUUUUUGUUCAUUUCUGUCUUCACAGUGGCAUUAUCUAGGUUCUUCCUUUGUAUCUCACAUUUCUUACAUUUUUGUCAAAGAACCCCACAAAACUGCGUAGGUGUGUGUUAUUCUGACCCAACGCUUGCUGGUGUUAUGGCUCCAAAAACAAGUCCCAUAAACAAAGACAGCUUUUCCUUCUCCGUCUCUUAGCAAUGAGGAAGUGAUGUGAGAACUGGGCUGGGAGAGAACUUUGUGCAGAUAUCAACACCUGGAAGCAAUUUUGGUUCACUGAAGCGUCGUGAAACUUCAAGAAUGAUUAGUAAUGAAAGGUGUCCAAGGCUACCAUAUGCUGAUAUGUUGAUUCAGUGAUUAAAUUGAGUUGUCAUUCAAUUUAAUAUGUCAUAAAUAAUCAGUUCUCUGUUAGGACAUGCAUCGAUUCGCUACAUUGCAAAAAAGUACUGUGGUGGUAUUAGAUGUAGUACCGUAGUACUUUGAUACCAUGGUAUUGUUUGAUUACCAUAUUCAAAUAUAAUGGUAUUUAAAUGGUACUCUAAAGUACUUUAAAUAAGAAUAUGGUAUUACCAUCAUUGCAGUGUCCAAAAACCAUGGUAUUACAAUGGCACCAUGUUAAAAAAUAAAACACAAAAAUACCUUGGUACUUUAUUGUAGGAGUAAUAUCUCACAAUUAGAACACAAUUUUCCUUUCUUUAAAGAAAAAGUUCACCCAAAAAUGAAAAAUUACUUUUACUUUCAUUAUCUGGAAAACAUCCAUGUUAAAAUUCUGCCUAACAUCUCAUUUUGUGUUCCAUGUGGUUUUGGACAGAACUUUCAUUUUUGGGUGAACUAUCACUUUAAGAAUGUUCAAAGGAAAUACAGCAGAUCUAGAAUCAGCAUUGAAGGGUUUGUGAUAUAGAAAGGUGGAUAAGAACAAGAGAAAGAUAGAUGAUCUUAGUUCCUUGUGGACUUUUUUAGUGCUAAUUCCUGCCGUGAGGUCGUAAGAGAUGUUUUGGCACUGUCAUGCAAUGUGCUUUUAAAGCAGAUACUUUCUCGCUAUUUUUUUCGAAAACCGUAAACCCCCCUCGUUUGAUCACACGUUUUUCUUCACUCUUGAAUAUUUUUUAAUUAGCUAAUGGACCAGAUACUAUUUACUGAAGCUGCUAUAGGCGUUCCAGUCCCCUCCUCUUGUCUUGCAUCUUGUCAACUUUGAAAACCACAUUAAUGAGCGCAAACGCUCUCUCGAGAUCUCAAACGUCACCCAGCGAGGUUUAACGCCAAACAGCCAUUCUUCUCUCCUUUCAAUUGUAUCAUAUUCACCACUAUGACAAAUGUCUAAUAAAGCAAAACAGUCUUGGGUGAAUUUAUUUAACAGUUGCUCUACUUUUGUGGACAGCAUUUCGGCUUAAAAACUUGCAUCUUAUUCACUAAACAGUUUAACUAGGAACUAUAUGUGCUAAACAGUGUUGGGUAAGUUACUCAAAAUAUUCAUUACAAUUGACUAAUUACUUCUUUAAUAAUUUAAGCAGAUUAGUGUACUGAUUACUUAAUCUAAAAAUUAAUCACAUUACGAACUGUUUUACUUUUAAGUUAUUUUCUAAAUCACUUUUCCUAGAAAAGUUUUUGGUUUUCCGCUCAUUCAAAAUGUCUAUAUUUCCUCCUCAUUUAUUGUCCCACACCUUUCAGCUGUCACAGAAACGCUAACAGAUGUACAUACUGUAUGAAUUCUUAUUUUAAGUGUAUUAUACAUAUUACUUUAGUGCAAGUAAUGUACUUAAAAGUAAUUACUUUAUUUGAAAAUCAGUAACUGUAAUCAGGGGCGUAGAUUCCAACACCCCAUCACCCCCCAUUAUUUAUACCAUGAUCAGUGAAAACAUGGGUAAAUGCUUCACGCUGCAACCCCACUCCCCAAUUUUCAAGCCAAAUCUAUGCCUUUGACUGUAAUCUGAUUACAAGAAUUUAAGAUGUAAUGCAUUCCACUACUUUUAUUUACUUAAAAAUAAUUAGAUGACAGUUACUUAUUACUUUGUAAUUGAAUACACCCAACAUGGUGCUAAAAUAGUGCUGUGCCAUAAGUUUUUUAAUGACAUCAUUGUCAUUCUUUUCGGCGUGAACACGCCUCCAUUCUAUGUAAAUUACACUCAUUAUAAUUGCUGCCGCAAUUAGCGUUUUGCUGUUUUGCGAAAAAGGUUUUAAAUUGAAUUUUAUUUUGAAGAGAUGUGUAAUUUUUUAGCGAUCAUGGCAGCAGUAUUUUAUCACUUAUCAGUAGGGAUGUCAUUAAAUAUCGAUAUAUUGAUUAUUGAUCGGCACAUUAUUUUAGCGAUAUAUUUUUGAGCAUUCGAUAAUUUGUGUGCAUUCCCAUUCACUCAGUUGGCCAUCUGUUUAACUGUCUGGUGUAAUAGUGCUGGGAGACCCCAAGAGGGUGAUAUACCAUUUACUGUAGCCGGUCGUGGUCACGAUCACACACACACACACACACACACACACACACACACACACACACACACACACACACACAGGACGAGUUGAUGCGGCGCAGGAGAUUGCAGUCCAAAGUUACGAAGGUUUUUGUACUUCUUCAAGAAUGAACAAAGUGAUGUUGAUUUUGCAGGUUAGUGCGCAAACUGAACGAUUAGAAAUGGCAAGGUUUAUUAUGCAAUUUCUCUCUGUAUGUAGCCUUGAAUAGGUCUUUCAUUCAAUCUGUCAAAUCACAAAACGACAUACUUGUAACUGAAAAUACAUUGUGUAGACUCUAUGAAAGACACAUGUUCAUAUUAGAUCAUCUAGUGAUGGCUAGAGUAAAUAAUCUUUGUCCUUUGAUAAUUAUUUGGGUCGAAUUUAAUGGAAAACUAUGUGAGUUGAGCUCCGUGGCAGCGCAGAAUGUUGACGCUGAGCAUUGGCGGUGUGUUCGUACCUUUGUAGAAAAUAAACAGAAAAUAUUUUAAAAAUGCGCCAUGUUGUCUGCCAGAUGCGUAUGGUGUGUGACCCACUUUACCAAAGUUGUGUUGAGAAAUAUGUCUGAAGAGACAAAGACUAUUGUGCAAAGAGCAGCCCUACUUAUAUCUGAAUAAAAAUCCCGAUAUAUAUCGGGAUUAAUCAUCGGGAAAAUCUUUCAAUUAUCGAUGCGUAAGUAUCUUUCCACACAUUCAGCAUAAUAACAAUGUGUUUUUCAGGGUGCCUGGGUAGCUCAGCGAGUAUUGGCGCUGACUACCACCCCUGGAGUCACGAGUUUGAAAAAAAAAACAUAAAACAAUGUGUUUUUUAGCAUUUCCAGGAGUCUGCAUCCUCCAAAAUCUAGCACUCAGAACCAACUCGCAAACUGGGAAAUGUGUACCUUAUUAGUAAACAGGACGCUAAAACAAUGCAGACAGUACGUGCAAAUGACGCUAUCAGUGAGCACGAUUAAUUCUUAGUGUAUUCCCCCUUUUCUUUUUCAAAGAAUGUAGGACUGCAUUUGAUAUUCACUUUCCUACAGAUGUCUCCAUGGAUCUAAAUAAUGCUACUUUUAGUCACAAGCAUCUCGGUUUGUUGAAGAUUCAACAACAUUCUCUUCGGAGAUUGUGAGUUUUGUAGAAUAAAUCGCUCACUAUGAAUCCCGUAAAACUACCGUUUCACAUCGUGUUCUCACAUUGAUUUCUCUACUUUCAGAUGCAGUAGGAUCCAGUUAAGACAUUUUGGAACAAUGCAACACUGUUCCAUAAAGCCAUUUGAAAGUAAUAGGCCUUUUAUUUCACCGCAAAUCUUACUUAGGUGGUGGAGAUGAUUAUGAUACAGAUUAUGACUUUAACCGUGUUUAAAAUGAUGAUGACGAGGAUGAUAAUGCACUUUGCUUUAUGAAAGUACCUUAUAACUGUGGUCAGCCUAUACCUCACAAACUUUGAAAUUAGUAAAUUGUUUAAAAUACGAAUGUGAACAGAAUAUUUUUGCUUGAUGAAUUUGUGGCUUGAAAUUCUGCUUUUAAAAUGUGACAAUAAAAUCAUAUUUUUCUAAUCAGCAA